AUGGAUGAAGUAUCGCCAACUACCACCGUCCCACUCCUCGGUCACCGCCAUCAAUGGUGGCGCCAAAUCCCAUCCAACGCUUCUUCCUCCCUCCGCCUCCACAAAACCACCAUAUGGUCAGAACUCGGCGGCUCAGUAGGCGACCUUGGUACCUACAUCCCGAUUGUGUUAGCACUCACUCUCGUUUCCAACCUCGAUCUCGGCACCACUCUCAUCUUCACCGCCUUAUACAACAUCGCCACCGGUCUUCUAUUCGGCAUCCCGAUGCCCGUCCAACCCAUGAAAUCCAUCGCCGCCGUCGCCAUCUCCGAGGCCCCACUUCUAACUCUCUCCCAAAUCGCCGCCGCCGGAAUCGGUACCGCCUCUGUUCUCCUCUUCCUCGGCGCCACAGGUCUCAUGUCGUUCCUUUACCGAUUCAUCCCUCUUCCGGUAGUCCGCGGCGUUCAGCUCUCUCAAGGCCUCUCCUUCGCCUUCACCGCCAUCAAAUACGUUCGGUAUAAUCAGGAUUUCGCUGCCAACAAACAGGGCGACGCCCGAUCAUGGCUCGGCCUCGACGGACUUAUACUAGCACUUUCCGCGAUUAUCUUUCUAAUCAUCACCACCGGCUCAGGCGAAACCUAUGAAAACCCCGAAUCCGUUUCUGGGAAACGUCGUGUCCGCCGAAGGCUACAGAUUCUUUCAUCCAUCCCUGCUGCCCUGAUCGUGUUUCUGAUCGGAAUAAUAUUAUGUUUCGUUAUAGACCCCACAAUUUUCAAGGAUUUACAGUUAGGUCCGUCGAAGUUUCACGUCUUGAAAAUCACCUGGGACGACAUGAAAACCGGAUUUCUCCGGGGAGCGGUGCCUCAAAUCCCACUCUCCGUUUUAAACUCCGUGAUUGCAGUUUGUAAACUGUCGAAUGAUUUGUUCCCGGAGCAUGAAGCAUCGGUGACAGCUGUAUCAGUGAGUGUGGGAGUAAUGAAUCUAGUGGGGUGUUGGUUCGGAGCAAUGCCGGUGUGUCACGGAGCAGGUGGAUUAGCCGGUCAGUACCGGUUCGGUGGCCGGACCGGAGCUUCGGUGGUGCUUUUGGGAGUAGGGAAGUUGGUGCUCGGACUGUUGUUUGGGAACUCGUUUGUAAGGAUUUUGAACCAGUUUCCGGUGGGGAUUUUGGGGGCGUUGCUUUUGUUUGCCGGAGUAGAAUUGGCAAUGGCGUCGAAGGAUAUGAAUACGAAAGAAGAGUCGUUUGUGAUGCUGGUGUGUGCGGCAGUUUCUUUGACGGGAUCGAGUGCUGCGUUGGGAUUUGUGUGCGGGAUUGUGUUGUUUAUGUUGCUGAAAUUGAGGGAGGUUGAUUGUGGUGGUGUUGACGAUGUUGAUGAAUGA